AUGUCCGCAUCACAACCCCAAGACCAGCCGGAGGCAAGCAGCUCAUCGAGCGCCCAACCCACAUCAGAAUCACAAUCACAACUACAACAACCGGCAGAGAAAACAUGUGCCCAGUGCAAAAAGCCGGAAGAAGAUCCAGAAGAGAAGCCACUCAAGGCCUGCACCACCUGCAAGUCUGUCUACUACUGCUCGCGAGAGUGCACAAAAGCACACUACAAAGUCCACAAGAAGGAAUGUGCAAAGCUGGCCCAGGAGUACUCCAAGACUGCUGUCUUCAAGCCUGCCGUGAGAAGCUCGGCACCCAAGGAGGGUCACAAAGGUGGUCUGCAGAAGUGGCAAUUCGACACUUAA